AAUUCUCGGCCCUUUCCGUCAAACAUCGGAUAAGUACCUCGAAGGAGAUAGUAUGAAUACACAUUUCGGAAGCGGUAUUGUGGUCUACCUACGCGGGCCUACGCGAAUCAAAAUUACAUAGUAAAAACAAACAUGGCCGGUUUUGCGAGUUGUUUACAUUUUGCAAAGAUGAAAAUGGGGAUUUUCUAUGCUCUGAAGCCAGAGCAAGUACAAACUCUACAGGAAUUAUGGACGCCAUCGUUGUUAUUGUUUUUGUUGUUGUAACAUUCUUAGAAUGGUAUCACGUGGGCGGACUACUUUCAACCCGUAUUUCUCCCGAGUCCGAUUAUAAUAAUCUGCGAGGGGUACCGAAUGGGUUUACUAUUGUGGGAGACUAAAAUAUACGCAACCCGGAUCUGAAUAAUCCCCCGAUACAUGUUUGGACAAUGACACCAAAAUCCCAGAGCGACAGAUGGGUCUCCUACCUCAGUGUAUAUGAACGGGCAACAUAUCUCUUCAUCACCAUUGUUGCAGUGAUUUACAUUUGCUACCAUGUUUACACAGAUUCAUUAAGAUACGAUGGUAUUCUCAAUUUGUACGACUUCGCCCCAGGAUGGAGCUUUCUUGGACGAGAACAGGACAUCUCUGACUUUGAGUGGCAUUAUUGGUUCAACAAAUUCUGGGCUAUUUCUCCAUGGUAUUUGGGACACAUUUGUCUCAGCAAAAUCAUGGAAAAUCAUAGUUUCAGAAGUAAGAAGUUCGUAUACACUGUGUACAGUUUUGUGGCCCUCUCUAAGCUGGUUGGCUGGCAGAUAGUUGUGCUCAUUCUGGUUCACGCUGCUGUGAUGUUUGUCGCGUCCCUUUCAGAGUGGCCUUCCUUGGUGUGGAUUGCCUCCCUUGCACUUCUCUCUACCCUGAAUCUGGAGGCCUGCGUUAAUGUUAUGAAAGGUUUCCUCGAAGGUGACGACGAAGACACGCUGUAUUAUCUUCUGAUGUUCACAAUUGCAUUAAGCAACAUUCGGUUAACCAGCUUCUUUCUGGAGAGGUGUUGGCAAAGAAAUAAGAAAUAUUCUAAUCCAACUUCUGAUAGACCUAAAGACGACACCUUGACCUCUGAGGAUUCCAUAUACAUCCAGCGUGGUGUAGAAGUUCAAGGUCAAUCAGAAGUCAUGGGUUACAGUUUUAGUGACGUUGUGUUCUACGUGAUGUACCUUCCACUGUUCUUUACUGGACCAAUUCUCACCUAUGACCUCUUUAGAAAACAGCUCAAUGAAGCGAGAGCUAAAAUGACCUCAGUACCAAAUGGACGAAUAUGUUUGCGAGUGUUGCGAUUCAUAUCAUGGGCGUACUUCAACGAAUUUAUCCUUCAUUACUUCUACUUCCAUGCGCUUCAGAGCCGCAUUCAAGUGCUUGACAACGUGUCCAAAUUUACUUUGGCGGGCCUGGGCUUUUGUCACGGUCAGUUUUUCAUGCUAAAGUAUCACGUAAUGUUUGGCUACCCAGGAACGGUGGCAAGGUUUGACAACCUUGAGGCCCCGGAUGGACCUAAGUGCAUCUCCUAUAUUUACCUUUAUUCCGAUAUGUGGAAGUUCUUUGACAGAGGGCUUUACAGUUUCUUGAAAAGGUACAUAUAUAUCCCUUGCGGCGGGUCUAAGGAAGGAUUUCUUAGGCAGGUCAUCGGGUCUCUGAUGUGUUUCAUGUAUAUAUUCUACUGGCAUGGUGCGGAGUACUACAUACUGCUGUUCAUUCUACUCAACUAUGCUGGAGUGUCGCUGGAAAUAUUCGGAGCACUGAUUUGUCGAACGACGGUGGUGAAGCGCUUAGAAACAGAUAUCCUGUCAAGAGCCAUGGUUCAGCGCGUCCACGGCAUGUUCUCCAUUCCCAUCUUUCUCAUGAGCUGUAUCUCGGUCUUCUGCUUCUUCGGUGGUAAAGAGGUCGGCUAUCUCUUCUACCGCAGGCUUAUACUCGACAAUAAUCUUAGUUCAUGGCUAUUACUUAUCUUUCUGGUGUUCUGCGCGAUACAAAACGCCAUCGAGGUGAACAAAUGGCUUCAGAGGAGGCAGAAACUCAAAACAAACUGAAACGUUUAAUGAGUCUCGUUCUGCGAGGCUCAAGUGAUGAAUCUGUUUGCUUUCCUUUGUAUUGUGCUGCUUAAUUUUUGUUAAAUUGAUAUGUAGGUGUUAAUGCAUUUACUGUUAAAUUAUAAAUAUAUUGUCAUUAUCAAA